UUGAAUAACUCGGGUCCUGCUAUACUUAACAAUUUACGUCAUGCAGUUCCUGUCACUAUAAAUAUUCCGAGUGAAAAUGGCAUCAUCCGAAUCAACGAUCUCUCCCAACCAGUCGUGUUAACAUGCUUUAUCCGAGGUCAGGCUCGAGAGCUAACUGGUGCUUGGGUUCUACCUUCAGAAGUAGGUCGAGUUAUAGGAAAGACGGAACGAAGCGGCAGGCCAGAGCCGAUUCAGACGGUGACGCGUAAUGGAGACAUUGUAGAUGUUAAACUAACGAUUCUGCAGCCACGUAAAUCGGAUGCUGGGCCAUACUUGUGUCGGUCAGGUGGAAUGGAGAAACAGAUACGCUUAGUGAUAGAAGAUGCUAUCGCCCCAUUAACCCUCUUUGUGACCAGUGAUAAUGGCAUAUCACGAGUGAAGCUCCCUCAUUCACAGCCCGGACCUAGCAUGCCAACCAGGAGAGCACUUUUGUAUCCUGCUUUUAUGCUUGCCAUGCCUUCCCUUUUUCACUUCCUUCACGCUCCUACUUCUGCUCCGCCUUCCUCAUCCUCGGAUCAUUCUUGUCGUCGUCCCUCACACGGGAUAAUAUUGCCUUGGCCACCGGACCGCGGUGCUUAA